CCUCGCACCCCCUCAAGAACUGUACCCAUCACGCGCCGCCAUCGAUUGACCUUGACCGACCCGACCACCCAUCACGCUUCUUGUUGCCGCCGCUGUUGCUUGCCGAUACGCGGUGGCUGCGCUCGCCGGCGGGGAAGAGGGGUCGCGGGCUGCGCGCCUCCAGUCUUUCUUCGCCUCCGUGCUCUCGGGCCUCUUCGGCCAGGCCGACCAGGACGAGGACCAAGAGAUGGCCUCGCGCAACCACAACGCCGCCGCUCCGCAGCUUCACCAUCACAACCGAGCCGGUGUUCCCGCUCUUGGAAAGACCAAGGCCGUGCCCGCCCGACCUGACGCUCUGAACCGGCGACCCCCUCUCGGCGAUAUCGGCAACCUCGUCAGCGUCCGCCCAGCCACAGGGAACCCGCAGGAGCAGGUCAACCGCCCCAUCACUAGAAGCUUCGGCGCUCAACUCGUCAAGAAAGCGCAGGCGAAGGCCGCAAUCAAGAAUGCCGCAAUCCUGCCUGCGAGGCAUGCGCCGAGGCAGGAGAGGAAGGCUCCUGUCAAGCAGCACCCGCCGCCGGAGGAUAUCAUAGUACUCAGCUCCGAUUCUGAACAGAGCAGGGCGCAGUCCGAGAGCAGCGCUAGCUCCGUCCGCUCCAGGAGGAAGGCCAUCAACACCCUUUCUUCCGUGCUCUCGGCUCGCUCAAAGGCUGCCUGUGGAAUCGCUGGUAAGCCUAGACAAGUGGUCGAUGACAUCGACAAGCUGGACGUCAACAAUGAGCUCGCGGUGGUGGAAUACAUUGAGGACAUCUACACGUUCUACAAGAUUGCUCAGCACGAGAGACGGCCAUGUGACUACAUCGACGCCCAACUCGAGAUCAACUCUAAGAUGAGGGCUAUCCUGGCUGAUUGGAUAAUCGAAGUACACCACAAGUUUGAACUGAUGCCCGAAACUCUCUACCUGACCAUGUACAUCAUCGAUCAGUACCUCUCGCUGCAACCAGUCCUGCGUAAGGAGCUGCAGCUUGUCGGCGUUUCAUCUAUGCUGAUCGCCUGCAAGUACGAGGAGAUUUGGGCCCCAGAGGUGAACGACUUCAUCCUCAUAUCAGACAGUGCAUACAGUAGAGAACAGAUUCUUUCGAUGGAGAAGGGAAUUCUGAAUAGGCUGGAGUGGAACCUGACUGUCCCUACAGUGUAUAUGUUCCUUGUCCGUUUUCUGAAGGCCGCAACAUUGGGCGGCAAAGUUGAGAAAGAGAUGGAGAAUAUGGUGUUCUUCUUCGCUGAAUUGGCGCUGAUGCAAUACGAUUUGGUGACGCGCCUGCCAUCGCUGGUCGCUGCUUCUGCUGUCUACGCAGCCAGACUCACUCUCAAGAGGGCUCCCCUUUGGACCGACACCCUCAAGCACCACACGGGCUUCAGGGAGUCAGAGGCAGAGCUCAUUGAAUGCACGAAGAUGCUGGUGAUCGCGCACUCGACUGCCCCUGAGAGCAAGCUGAGGGUUGUAUACAAGAAGUAUUCCAGCGAGCAGUUCGGAGGGGUCGCGCUGCGUCCACCCGCAGAGGAGAUCUGCAAGUGAACGAAGGCUACUUUAUCCGUGUUUGCCUAUUGCUUGCUUUAGGGGAAGUGGCGAUGGAAGGCGAGUCUGACAUUCGCUAGGCUUUUUUAUGUUUGCUUGUUUCAGACAGCCGUUUGUUUGCUAGGCUGUUCUCAGAGUCGGUUGUUAUCUGACUUGUGAUGGCAACUAUAAUUCUAUCUAGUACAACAUUUUUAUUCAUAAAUGUGAAUGGUGUUUUAC